AUGCCCUUUGACUCUUCCACCAGCUUCUCUCCAGCAGACAUCCUGCCGUCAACCCUCGCGCACCUCAUCUCCCGCUAUCCAGACACCGCUCGUGCCGUGUACCGGACGAAGCUGGAGUCAAAGGCAAAAAACUCCAAGGAUGACAUUGAAAGGCAGCUCAAGUCCUUUCUAGAGCUGGACUGCUGGCGAUAUCAAGUGCUGCCCGCCGCUUUACAGGACAGAGCAGACACCACGGCAACGAGGCCGACGAAGAGGACGAAGAGAGCUCCAGAUGCCUCAGCCGGCGCUGACGGCCUGCACCUCAACAAGGAUGAACUGGUGCAACUGAUGGAAUGGAAACUAAAACACGGCUCCUUCAGACCCGCCCUCAUGAACCUCAUCCGCUCGAACCCAGAUUCCCAAAUCCACACCGCAACCAGCAACGCGUUCUCCUCGCUACCGACGGCCCUCAAACCACAAGACGGCGAUGGCGAUGACGCCCUCUACCCUUCCGCCAGCCUCGAGAUCCUCACCAAAUCCCUCCGCGGCGUAGGCCCCGCCACCGCAUCCCUGAUCCUCUCCGCCAGCACCGCAUCUUCAAGCACCAACCAAGUCCCCUUCUUCAGCGACGAGAUGUACUGGUGGCUCUGCUCGCACCGCUACCCACCAUCAUCCGCAUCCAGCCCGAAGCAGUCGAAACCGCCACCGAAGCUGAAAUACACCGUCAAAGAAUACCGCGAACUAUGGGACGCGGCGCGGGAAUUGAUUGCACGCAUGAACACGCUGGACGAGAAACACUCCUUUUCAAUGCAAGAGAUUGAACAGGCUGCGUUUGUGAUUGGCCAUUUCGAGCAGUCUGGACAUGAUUCCCUUGGAUCAGAGGUCGUCUUGCCUCCAGUUCCGGCGGCAAAAGGAGACGAAGAAAACACCAAGCAGCGUUCAACAAGCAAGAAAAGAAGGCGUUGA